GAUGAUCCGGUGACACUUGUGUUGUCUCUAUAACAUCAAGCAGACUUGAAUGCAAGGAAAACUAUUCGUUGAUGAGCAUUAUUCAGUGAAAACAGAUUUGGAUGCGAUGGAGGCUAAUUUCUGGGAACGGUGUAUCUCUACCAACAAUCUUUAUAUUGUUUACUACCGUAAUGUUAUAUGCAAUAAUUUGCAGGAUAAAGCCAACGUGCGGAAACAAGAGUCAAUUUGUUGACCAGAAGAGUCAUUGUUGAGGCUGGAGCUGCAACGGCAGGUCCUUCGUGAGCGGCACAGCGGAAACCAAGGCCUGCCCGGCGCGGUUCGUGUCUUGUCGUUUCCUUCGCCGCCGCUUCGAAGGACCUCCCGAGUCUUCCUCCACGUAACCGUUGCAAAGCAAUACGUCUACGGAUCACCGAAACGGAACGGAGCUCAAAAUAGACCGAUUCCUCUUUGAUGAGGUAAGAUUAGUAUUAAAGAUGUUAUUAUCGACCUUGACUUUUCUAUUCCACGACUACUGUGCGCGUUUCCGCAUACUUCUGUCCCAAAUCAUAUGAACCGUUGAUCGGUUGAUAUACCAGUAAGCUUAUCGGACCUUCUUUUUUACUACUGGGUUUGGUCAAAAUCGAAAUUGAUUUGAUUAGGUAGCUACGGAGAUAAGUCACGACUUGUCUUCCGAUACAGACUCCCGUACCCCGAGUGUGCCCGCCUUAUGUCAGGGUUUCACCGUGACAAGGACAGCUAAGACAGCAUGGCGGGGUCAACGUGGCUAACCCCGGUGAUUUGACCGUAAUUCUUUAACCCUGGCGAUGAGCGAGCAAACAGGUGCCUGCCGGUCGGGCCCCCUCACGUGACCCCUCUCUCGGGUACCGUCCCUUGUCUAAAAGGCUGUCCCAUUGGUCCCAAGAAAAGGGUCCCACGACCUGAUACGAACAGCAAACAUCCAUUCACCCCGAAUGGACUCCACUCAUAAGCCGUUGUAUAGUGGACGCAAUUGUAUGUGACACUUUAUACCGGCGGGCGGGCGGGCGGGCGUUUCUGGUCCGACGGCCGGAGGACACCACCACCUCAUCCAAAACACCGAACCCAAAGUUUUCUCUCUCUCUCUCUCCCUCCCUGCAAAAACAUCGUGGAAAACAUCACAUCCUAUGUCUCUGUUCCCAUGGGGAUAGCAGCGGCAGAAGAGUACAAAGCAACAGCGUUUGCGCUGGCGACUGCUCUGCUUCUCGUUCCUCUGCUGUUGGUUCCCGCAGUACCACGGCUUCCCAUCCAGUCUGCAUUCCGCUUGGUCUCCCUCCUACUUUCCUCGAAAGUUCGCAUAUUUUGCCUUUCGUCCUCCUCCCAUCGACCACUCGAAGAUUCUCUGCCCUUCUCUCUACCAGUGGCCGUACUCCCCUGGGUUUAUCUUUGUUUACCGUUGUGGUUGUGUGUGCUCCUUUAGACACCAUCUUUAACUCUUUAUUCCCUUGUAAAAUCUCAGUGGAAUCCCUCCUUUUAGCCUCGCUUCCUGCUCUGUUUCGUUGAGUGGAUUUCGAUUUAUGCUGCUGGGUUUUAGCCUGCUCGGCGGAAAGGAGAGAAGGUUUGGUGAAGACGCCUUCAUGCUUGCUCCUUUACGUCGCUUACGGUGGAGACGGCCGUCGACGGACCCCGACCAUGACGAAAGCUCGGACCUUGCGCAUCUUCUGGACCGACCCUGACGCCACCGACUCAUCCGGAGACGAGGAGUGCGGCGUCUCCGGCCGCCGCGUCGGGCGGCUCGUGAGGGAGAUUGGGCUCGAGCCCUGCCACUCCUUCGGUGACAAGCAGAAGAGGCCGAGGAAGAAGGCCUCCGCCGAACGAGGCAAGAUGGCUCCCGCGCAGACGGGGAGCACCAAGUUCCGCGGCGUCCGGCGGCGACCUUGGGGGAAGUACGCAGCGGAGAUCCGCGACCCGUGGCGCGGCGUCCGCUUGUGGCUCGGGACCUUCGACACCGCCGAGGAGGCCGCCAUGGUCUACGACUGCGCGGCGCGCCAGCUCCGCGGUCCCGGCGCCGCCACCAACUUCUCCAUUCCCUCUUCGUCCACCAUCUCCACUGCCCCCGCUCGAACCCAGGAGGAGGCCAUGCCCACCUUAGUCUCCGGCGGCUACGACUCCGGCGAUGAGUCCCACAGCCUGUCCUCUCCGACGUCCGUCCUCCGAGGGUUCUCCUCAUGCUGCGCCAAAGAAGGGCCAGCCGGGGAGGAGGCAAAGGAAGGGAGUGACUUCAACGCAGAGUUCUGGUCUCCGGAGUGCAGGGUGGAGGAGUUUGUACCGUUCGACGAAGCGCCGCUAUAUCACGAUUCAUGGGGUUUCUCAUCGUGGGAGCCGAGGGUUCACGAGGCGAGGACGACACGGGUCGGGUUCUCCGCCUCGGCGGCUGACACGUCGAACGAGGUCAUGCUCGCGUCCUCCUCGGCGUCGGAUGCGGGUUUCGGGACGGUCACGUGGCAAGACGACGACUAUUUUCACGACAUCGGCGAUCUGUUCCCGCUCGAACCCCUCCCCGCCAUAUUCUGAGUCAAAUUUCUUUUAAGUCGCCGAUCUUGCCGCCGAUUUUAUUAACGGAAGGAAGAAGCGGUCGACAUUUAUCUUCUCCUUGUUGUGUUCUUAGAUCGUGCGUCACUGUGGUUUCCCUUUCAAUUUGUAUCAGAAACUUUGAAUUCAAGAAAGUAUCCAUGUCGAAAGCUUUGUGCUCUUCUUGCGA